GCGGGCAGCUGGGCUCGGACACCGUUAGCCCCCCGUUGGGGUGGGGGCUGUGCUCGGAGCUCUUGCUCCCGAGACUGUCCGGGGGUGGGAGCCACAAACCGCCGGGCCAGGGGGUGCGAGGGCCCGGGCUGUGCGCACAGGUACAUCGGGACACCGUGCAAGCUACGCUCAGCUCUGCUCUGCUCUGCUCGCUCUUCAUGAGGGUCCCCAUCCCGCUAGCGUGUCCAAGGAAGAGCUGUAGGACAGGAGCCCGGAGUGGUCAUAGAGGAUCUGAUCCUUGAAUAUGGACAGGCGGACCCCAGCGCCCAGCCUGGCUUUUGCUUCCCCAGUUAGCUUGUUUUGGCAUCCGUCAGACCUGCAGGAGUGUUUCUGUUUGGUUUGUCUCAUAUGGCAUCAGAGCGAACUCAGGCUGGAGAUAAUGCAUCAAUCGGAGUUAAUUCAAAACCAGUGAUUGUGGGUAAAUAUUUAUACAGAAUGUCAGUGAACUCAUUAUUUGGGAAUAAGAAGAGAAAUAGCUCCAUAUUAUAUGGUGUGGAUCAGGCACAGAUUAUGGCUUCAUCUUCUGUUUAUCGAGAAUCCACUAGUCGAGGAUGUAUUGGGAACCACGGAGAUGGCUUCCCCCCAAACAAGCGUUACAAAAGCUUUGAGUCAAAGUCCAAACAAACAGAAGAUCCUUUUGGAGACAAUGAUGACUUCACAGCUGAUGACUUGGAAGAAAUAGAUGUAAUUGCUUCACAGGCUUUAUCACAAGUUCUAGAGUCAAAUACUCUUUCUAGAACAACACACAUCCAGAGACCUGAAGAGAAUGCCAGACCAUCCAUAACCCCAAACACCACCAAUCAAAAGUCUUUGAAUACUGAACAACAGAGUGUUGCCUCUAAUGCAGAAAGAAAUAUGAAAGACCAGUUUGGAAAUGGCACUGAAGAUACUCGAAUUAAAGACACAUUUGGAUUUGAAGUACUGCAAAUACAACAUGAAGAAGUUAAGCAAAAGCUGAAAGAAAUACAAGAUGAAAUCCUUGUUAAAAAUGGAGAAAUUAAAAUUUUGCGGGACUCAAUGCUGCAGAUGGAAUGCACUUUGGAGGAACAGAGAAGAUCAUACAUGCUACUGGAAAAGGAAAAAGAUCAGACACUAAGUGAAAAAGAAAAGGAGUUCUCCAAAAAGUUACAGUCAUUGCAGUCAGAGUUGCAGUUUAAAGAUGCUGAAAUGAAUGAAUUGAGAGCAAAACUUCAGAACUGUGAAAGAACUAAGCCUGUUACUCCGUCAGUUACAAAUUCCAGCCCUAGGAAGAGUCCCUCCAGAAUUGCAAAAUUGGAAGCAUGUUCUCUUCAGACUGGAAAAAGAUCUUUUCCUACAAAAGAGACUUUCAGCGCUGACAUGUCCCUUAAAGUAUCCUGUUCUGCAGCAAAUUUGCCUUCUGAGACUUCUUUGAACAAGGAGGACAGUAAGACCCCCUGUCCUGAAAUCGAACUUGUGAAGCAAGAAGUGAUGGAGAAAAAUGUGUCUUACAGUUUUGUUCAAAGACAAAACACCCAAGGUUCUGUCUUACUAAAUGCACUGAUGAAACAGCCUAUUGCCCCUGGGUCAUUACUAGGACUCUGUCAUCUUCUUAGCAGUAACUCUGAAGUGCUACUUGGGUCUGUCUUGCAGCCUAACUUUUUCAACACAGGAUCUACAGGAAUAUCCAGCAUCAGGACAACUUAUUCUCAGGAUGGAACUCCUUCUUCUCUUGCUGCUUUAAGAGAAGCUCAAAAACUUGCAAUAACGGGAUUGAACUUGAUUGCUAUGGAUGAAGGAUCAUCCAAGGGAGACCUGGCAGAAAGUGAGAGAGGACUGUUCCUUCUUAAACGCUUUAAGAUCCCAGGUGCAGUGCAUCUUCUACCUCUAGUGGAAUACCAUAUCAGUGCAUACUGUCAAGCUCUGCAGUUGUCAGCAAAGUCAAGAAACAGUCCUGAAAAUCAAUCAGUUAGUUCUUCUAGAACUAACUCAAGUAUAAUAUCAAGUACCGAGGAUUUUAGAUCUACUCUGCAAGAGACUACAAUUACAUCUCUAGGUGUUCUUUAUUACUUGGUAUAUUACAGCUGGGAUGUUGUUUAUACAUUACUAUCUUCUGAAGUGAAAAGUGUGUCUGAGAUGGAGAAGAACAUGGUGUGCAAUCAUCAAUCUGAUCAUAAAAAAGAAAAUUCCAGACCACAAGGCCGAACUGUAGAACCACAAGAUGCUGCUAAUAAUGACCAAUCCCAACAUUCUUUGUUCAAAAAAUUACUUCAGCUGUUAGCUUUGUCUUCCACAGCAACAGGUUCCCACACUGACAGUAUCAUGAAUCAAAGCCUAAAGGUUUUGGUGAAACUAGCUGAGAAUUCAACAGUUGAGUUACUAAUAAGUUUUUGGCACUUGCUAACUAGCCAGAUGCUGCUUCGCUGUGUGUGUCCUGAGACCCCUUUGUCUGCUGUCCAUCUGACUGUGCGGCUGUUGGCCAUGCUUAUUCAUCACCAGAAGCUAGCUGCUCAACUUUGUUGUCAUUCAGAAAGCUGCCUCCUUCUUGCACUGUACAUGUAUAUUACUUCAAGACCAGAUAAAUCUGCAUCUGAAAUGCUUUGGCUUCAGCUGGAACAAGAGACUGUUAGAUUCCUGACUAAGUGUGUGCGCUGCUCCAGUCCAUCAAUUUUACUACUUGGUACAGAUUGCCAGUGCAGCCUCGAGGUAGUCAAGGCGCUUAUUAUAAUGUUGCAUAGACAAUGGGUGAAGGUUAGAAGAUCUGAGAGCAACUUGAGUGUGUAUAGAGAACGAAUUGUUCAGUUUUUACGGGACACGGUUUUGCUCUUGCAUAGUCUAUCUCAAAAAGAUAAACUGUUUCAUGAACACUGCCUGGAAGUUCUCCAUCAAUAUGAUGAAGCCAUGCCUGGUGUCAGAGCCAUCCUCAAAAAAACUCUAAAUUUGAAGGCCUCUGAAGAGUUGGCUUUGGAUGAGUUGUAUCCUCCUGAGCCAGAAGUAGAUGAUCAAGAAAUGGACUGCAGCUAGUAAUUCAGCAAUAAUCCACCCCCCUCUGAAUUUUUGUUACUUAGCAUUGUUGCCGAUAUACAUGUGAAAUUUAACUUGUGUGAAAUAUAACCUGUGUGUGGUAAACUCUUAAAUUAAUGGUGUGCUAAAGUCACUUAAGUGAAGUGUGGCUCAUUUUACUUAAUUGCCAGCUAAAUUUAGCAUUAUAAAAUAUUUUGAUAUCAAAAAAUUUUUGAUACUAAAAAGAGAAUUAAACUUAAUUUUAUUUUAUUAUGUAUUUUUGCAGUUUGAAAAUACUUAUAAGUGACAUGGAACUAAACUUGGCACAAACAUGCUGUGAAUGAAGUCAACACUUUCCAGUUAACUGUAAUUAAGUCUUUAUGGUGUUGAAUGUACUGAGUCCCAAGAUCACUGUAACUUUUUAACACACAACAUUUUUGUAAAAGUGUGUUUUUUCUCAUAUUUUUAUUUAGUGUUUUGUCUAAAUUACUCCAUUUUGGGUUUGACAGACUUCAAGAAUUUGCUCAUUCUGAUAUUGGUAGAUGACUUUAUUACUCUGAUUUUUAAAAUAUAUGUAUUGCAUUUACAUAGUUGACACCAUUUUUCAAGGCAAAAGUUAUUAAAACCUACUCUGCCCCUGCAACUAUGACUAAUAGUCAUCAAUGUUUCUGAAUUUCAUAACGGGCAAAAUCUAGGAAAGAGGGCAGCGAUGAAGGCCUUUAUUUAAAAUGGCAAGGUGAAACCAGUGAAUCUCAAACCUUUUAAAAAAAAAAAAAAAAAAAAAAAGCAGUAUGUCAUCGUGUUUGAGGGUGCAAAUAUGAGGCAGUAGAUUUAAGAAAGAUCCUUCUUUCCUACUUUGCAGAAGAAUGAUUUCUCCAAUGGAUUCAUUGUAUGUCCAUUGCUUCUUUUUCAAUAUUUGAUACUACCUGCAGCAGUAAGUGUGUGUUAAGUCUUCAUCCUAUGAUCUAGCAACACUUAGUGGGGCAAUGGAACAUUGUUUAACUUUUUGUAUGUGCUGAAGCCAUUCAAUGGCUAUAAUCAGUACAAAUCCACUGUACCUUUACUGGGCAAGGGUUUAUGCUAUUGUGGUAGCAUCACCUGCGCCAAACAUGCUUUAAAGAUGAGAUUUGAUACAGCUUUUAUUCUGUAUAUUUCCUAGAGCUAGAAUAUAUUUGUUUAAUUUAAACUGUGUGGAAUAAGGUGUUUUUUGUAACUCAAAAUAGUUACAAAUGUUUUUCAGAAGUUUUAAAUAAGAGAUUCUACAAGCCUGGAGCUUAGAAAAUGAAAUAAAU